AUGACGGUUGCGGAGCUCCCGAGGAAGCCGGGAGGGAACAGCGCCAAAGGCAAGGAGCAGCGGGCCAACAUCUUCGCCACGUGGCGCCGCGACGCGCUAGGCCGGUUGGUGCAGCGUCGCUCAGCAGAGGCCGCCUUGCUCGCGGCCCAGUCAUUUGCAGCGCCUGGCAAGUCGCUUCAUCCAGGUUUCAGCCCUGCUGCGCUACUGACAGGCACUGGCGGCAGCAGCAGUAGCCGGAGUAAGGCCAAGGAGGACGCGCCUUUGCCCCUCUACGCCGUGCGCUGGCACCAGUCUUCGCCGGCGGACAGAAAGCCCGAAGACGGAGCAGGGGAGAAGCCGCCUGCAGUACUGAAGCUGACUUCGGCUCCAUUGGCUGAAGGCGACUUGCAAAGGGCACUGGAAGCUGCUAGGGCCGGUGCUCAGAUAGUGGCUGCGGCGCUGCCCACACCUGGCGCCUUCUGCAGCCAAGAGGAUGAAGUGAGCUUGGGCUGGCGCUUCGUACAGCUCAUCCAGCGGCUACUUGAAGAUGGCGUCGGCGCACGCUUGCUGGUGGUGUGCCCUGCGGCCGCUACUGGGGCCCUAGUCGCUGGCGCCAGCAAGGCGGUUGCCAUGGAAGAUUCCUCGCUGAAGAUCCAGCGUGCAUUCGUUCCUCUGCAGUGCCUGCAGAGACUCGACGAGCUCGUACCACGCCUUUGCGCGCUGUCGUCCGCACACAAAGAUGAGACGGACCUCUGGAUUCGAGAUGCCGGCUUUCGCGGACUCCCUUUUGUGCCCCGGCUUGAGCGGAUGCCAGCUGGAAGCGCCAAGGCUUCGCGUUUGCCCGCCCAUGGCCUCGACGGGGAGCCAGCAAAACUGCUCCUGACUGGGGCCACGGGCGGCCUUGGAAAGGCUGUGGUUUCGUGGCUGAUCAAGGAGCAGGGCUUCCAGCCGGAGCAGCUUUUGCUUCUGCGCCGCAUGGGAUCCAGCAAGUUGGAGGGGGACCUGGCCCGCUGCACCGUUGUCGAGGCUGCCAAAGUGGACAGCACCUCGGUGUUACAGGAGUCGCUCCUGCAGGUGCGUGGCGUGACAGGAAUCCUACAUCUGGCCGGCGUGCUCGAUGACGGAAUCGUCGGAGGAAUGACAGAGGACAGAAUGAGGAAGGUGGCCCAGCCAAAAUGCGGCAUGCUGGUGGCCCUGCUGAAUGCUGCGAAGGAGCUGCAGUGGCCGCUCCAGUGGACCGUCGGCUUCUCCUCCACCUCCUCGCUGUUCGGAUAUGCUGGGCAGGUGAACUACUGUGCAGCCAAUGCGCUGCUCGAUCAGCUGGCGGUCUUCAGCAGCGAAGGGGCGCGACCUGAGGGCGACCGAGCGCCAUGCCGCUUCAUCACCGUGAACUGGGGUCCGUGGGGUGAGGCGGGUAUGGCCCAG